GCUCGGCUCCGGUUCCCGGGCUGCCCAUGGCGGCGGCGGCGGCGGCUCCGGCCGGACCCCGGCCCGGCCCCGGGGGCGGCGGCGGCGGUUCUCCCCGCUGCCCGCCGCGCCUGGCCGUACGGCGGCGGCGGAGCGGGCGUAAGAGCCGCCCCCCGCGCCCCCCGCCGGGCCGGGCCGCACCGCCCCGGGAACGCGGGGGAGGGACGGGGCCAGGGAGGAUUCGCCGCCCCGGGCUGAGCUGCGGGUGGGGGAAAUGGGUGGAAGCCGCGGUGACAUAAAGGGAAGGGCACGGGGGUCCCUUCCCCGCUUUGCUGUGCCCG